CUCGUAGUCAGGUGAUCGGACUCGGAAGACUUCCCGGCCGAACAGAUAGACUUCGGGAAGCCUGCGAUUGCCGGGCGCCGCGAUGGCUGCGGACCCUUGGUUGUUAUUGUACGAUUCUGCUUGCUAUAUUGCACAAGAGAUAGCUGAAAAAAUUCAAGAACACAACAGAUACCAGAGGAGUGGUGAAAGUACAACUAAGGUCAGUGUUGCACUCAGGUCUUCAUUGCAAAAUCUUGAAGAAAAAACCAAUCGCCUGAAGGACCUGUUGUUUCACUCUGUAUCAACACGUCAGAUAACCCAAAUAGAAGGAGAAAGGCGGCAAAUUUUAGUAGAUGAACUUUUCACAGCACACAGAAAACUCCAAGCAUCUUUCCAAAAUGAAAACACAGAACCUGAUGUAAUAAGGUCUAGCCUAAUGGCAGGCGGGGUCAGAAGACAAAUAAUAAAUCCAUGGCUUGUAGAGGAGCCCGAGGAAACGAGAGGUCUUGACUUCCAUGAUAUCCGACAGCAACAACAGAGAAUUAUAGAAGAACAAGAUUCCGGUCUGGAUGCACUCUCUUCAAUUUUAUCUCGCCAAAAACAAAUGGGACAGGAAAUUGGAAAUGAAUUAGAGGAACAGAAUGAAAUCAUUGAUGAUCUUGCCAAUUUGGUAGAAAAUACAGAUGACAAACUACGCAAACAAACCAAAAAUGUCUUGAGGGUGGAGAAAAAGUCAACUUCCUGUGGGAUGAUGGUGGUGAUCGUAUUAUUGCUGAUUGCUAUUGUAGUUGUUGCUGUGUGGCCUACAAAGUAAUCAAAGAUCAUCUCAUUUUGCAACUAAGUGUUAAUCAUCUACAGCAAGGACAACCCCACUUUGUCGUUGGCACUGUCCAUGGAUAUAGCUGUUCUCACUCCACUACAAAAGACAGAUCUAUGCCUGAGCUACAUAAAGGUUUUACAAAAUUCUGUAUAAAACUCAAGAACAUAAUUGGGAAAGAAAUGACUUACCAGAAUAAACUUCAAGGCGUAAAUUGAAAUUAAUUUCAAAGAAAUACUUUGUCUAUAAAUGCUUUUAAUAGUACUAAGUGGAAUUUUCUCUUAAUCUCUGCAGUGUCUAAUUAAAAUAUUAGCAUUUUCUUUCUAGCAUUAGUUUCUUAUUGCUGAAAUAUAUGGUUCUUCCUGAGAGAAUGUCAAAGAUUCAAGAGAAACUACCAUUUUUGAACAUCUUUCAAAUAAAUAAAAAAUACACAAAAUCUUUCACUUGUGUCAGAGGGCAAUUACUAUUGUAAAAUGGUAAAUAUAUAUCAGAUAUAUAUUUUAGAAAGAAAAGAUGAAGUUUCUGUCCAAAAAUGAAGAAUCAAACAUAUUAUGUUAUGUUUCUUUUCUUUACCAAGGUACAUUAAUAGCAGAAAAGAAAUUGAAUUACUAUAGAUACCCAGAGUUUCAAAAUGUGUUUUUUCUAUAUAUGAUUUUUAUAAAAUGAUUCUCUUAGCAGAAUUGGCAGGAAAAUGACUUAACGUCUCUCGGGAACUUGCUCUGAACACUCAAAAUCUACAAUGAAAUAUUAGCAGAGCACAUUUUGGAGAUUGAUGAAGGCUUCAAGGGAGACAAAUCCUGUUGCAUCAACAUCUUUCUAUUUAUGCAACACUGGAUUAAACGCCAGUGUUAAUCCAUGUCCAGAUAUUGUUAUUUUUGCUGUAUAUAUAUUGACAUAAUGGAUAAUAAGACAGUAAGACUGAAUAGAAACCAUUUUAGUUCUAUAGGAUUUCUUUUGUUAUCUUGUAUUUUAUUCUAUUUUGUAUCCUUUUCUGCCAAGAAUAUUUAAAACCUUUAUCUGUGUUCUUGAAUAUCUAGGAUUAAUGACAUUCUGGCCCAUGUAGCAUUGAUAUAUGUUGAAUAAUUCAGAUUUGAGGAAAUGUGGUAUGAGAUCCGAUGAUUUCAGAAGAAAACUAUAUUAAGAGCCUUAUCUAUAUCUCCAGUAAAGGGCUGAAAUUCUUUAGUAGACUUUGUGUGUGUGUGUGUUAUUUGGUAUUUCAGAGUAAUUGAUCUUUACCAUGUUUGACCAAAUAGAAUUGAUGAUCCAUUAUUCAAUAUGAUAAAGGUUCAAUUUAAAAAAACACAAAACAAAUUGAUAUAUUAAUUAGAAAGAUAGGAUAAAAAUCUCCAAAUGAAAUGUUUGACCAGCUGAUAUCAAAGGCUAUUUUUUCUAUUGCCA